GUCGACUGACAGAUGAUCUAACUUGAAGUUGUAGUUAGUAAGGAAGAUAAAUAUUUACUGGUUUAUUUGUUAUUGGAAUUAUUAGUUACGUAAAUUUUCACAUAUAAUUCUAAACAGCAGCAAUGAAUACCAACAACUUUGAGCGAGAUUGUACGACUCAAUGUAAAUCAAUGGUUCAUGGAGAUAUAAUAACAGAUGCUAUAUCAAAAAGGUGUGUUAGUGACACCGAUUUGUGUUCUUUCCUUAAUUUCAUAUGCACUCGAUGCGAAUCGGUUAUAGACUCCUCCGGUAGAACUGCCUUACAUGUAGCAGCUUCCUGCGGUAGAUUAAACCUCGUCAGGUGGCUUAUUUCUAACAGACAUUCAGAUAUAAACACUAAAGAUAAAGAAUCUGGUUAUACUGCCUUACAUAGAAGCAUUUUUUACGGAAAAAUUGACAUUACUGUAGAGUUAUUAAAAUUAGGUGCCAACGCUAGUGACAUAGAUCUAGAUUAUCUUACUUAUUUAGAACAUGCUAUGAAAGAUGGUCUUAAACCUGAGAACGGUACUAAUUUUGGUGAAAUUUAUUCUUGGGGAUCAAAUAAUAACAAUUUAUUAGGACAUCAUCAAUCUAAACAAAGUCCUGAUUUAUUGGAUGCUUUCCAUAGGGAGUAUCCUGGGGAAUAUGUUAAGCAAAUUUGUAUAGCUAAAUUCCAUAGUACUAUAGUGACAAUUUCAGGUAAAGCUUUAACGUGUGGACAUGGUCAAGGUGGUAGACUUGGUUUAGGAAAUGAAAAAUCUGUAGUUUCACCUCAGAUAGUCAAAUUCCAAGGCUCUCAAAAAGGUGAAAUCAUAACAUGCAUUCAAGCCAGCAUCUCUAGAGACCACAGUAUGUUCCUGUGUUCAGACGGCAAUAUAUAUACGUGUGGUUUAAAUACCUAUCAAGUUCUUGGACUAGAGCCGUCACCUGAUAAAUCAACACUUCCUAAACAAAUCAAACGGUUAACUAGGGAAAUACAAGGGGUUUGUGCUAGUCAUUAUCAUUCCGUAGCUUGGGGUCCGAAUGCUUUAUACACUUGGGGGUUAAACGCUGGGCAAUUGGGGGUAAAAGUUAACGAAAACUAUAAGAAUCAAUUCAUAGUGACUCCUAAAUUAGUAACUAUUAGUAGUAACGUUACUAUAACGGAUGUAGCUAGUAGUAAUGGAGCUAUAGCGGUGUGUACUACUAACGGUGAUAUUUAUGUUAUGCACGAGUAUCUUACAAGGAAAAUAGCGUCACGGCAAUUGAAUUUCGUGCAAGUUAGUAUAGUUGGAGGAAAUUUGGAUCCUGCGAUGCUCAAUAACGAACUUUCCAAAGAAAUAAAUACGGAAUUAAAAGUAGCCGUGCUUACAAAUACUGGAAACGUAUUGUUGUGGCAAGGUUCCGAUCAACAAUUAUGCGGAUGUAUUUAUUCGAUAAAUAGAGCCAUUGUUAUGAAACAAAUUUAUUUGAAUUACAACGAGAUUUUAUUGGUUUCUAAAGAUGGUGAGGCUUUCAAAGGUUUCAUCAAACCUAGGAAGAAAAAAGUGACGGGUUCCAUUGAGAAGAGUCAGAAAAAUCAAAAAAGCGCUUUUCACAAAUUUUUGGAAAAGGAAGAUUGUGUUGUGGUUUCGUUACAAAAAAUAAACAAAAUCCAUCGUGCUAUUUCAAUAAUUAGCGAUUUAAAAGGAAGAGAUUAUUCAGUUAUACAGGCUCCUCCUUACAAAAAUUAUGUUUUUCCUCAUAUUGAAUCGUCAGAAAUGAAAAAAAAUUUCGAAACUCUCUUAUCUGAAACUGACGAAUUUGAUUCUAUACACGACGUUGUAUUUAAAAUAAACGACAGAAAUUUUCCCGCCCAUAAAUACGUAGUAGCAAAUUCGAGUGGAUAUUUGGAAAAUUUAAUGGAAAAUCGGGAAACAAUUAUUUUAAACAACGUAAAUCCUGAUGUAUUCCAACAAUUAUUGAUGUACAUUUACACCGGGGGAUGCGAUUUAACCGAAUGCGGGGAAUUAAAAAAUGCAACUUUGAGAAAAUUAUGUCAGUCGAACGAAAAAAAUAACAAAACUAAAAAUCCCGUGAGGUUGUUACACGAAAUAGCAAAAAAAUUCGAAUGUACGCAUUUACAAGAGGUUUUAAGUAAUUUGGAAAUGGAUAAAUGUGUAAUUUACGUUAAAAAUAACGAAAUCGAUAAACCGGAGUAUCGGAUACGAUUCGAUAGGUUGAAAUAUACCAAAUUCUAUGAUGUUACCGUCAAAUGUAAAGACGAUCAAACCCUCAAAGCCCACAAAUGUUUAUUGGCAGCAAGAUUGGAAUAUUUCAAUAACAUGUUCAUGAGAUGGAAUGGGAAAGCUACUUCUGAAAUAUCUAUUCCAUUCUCCAGAACAACAGCGGAAGCUCUCCUGGAAUACUUGUACACCGAUUCUCUUUCCAAACUCAAUUAUCUCGAAGUGGACCACCUAUUUAACAUCCUCAUUUUAGCAGAUCAAUUAUUUGUAACCAGAUUAAAAGAACAGUGCGAAUUACUACUAUCAGAUUUAUUAACCUUGAAGAAUAUCAUACAAAUAACAACUUUUGCUGACAUAUACAAUGCGGACAAAUUAAAAUAUUGUUGUAUGAUGUUCAUUAUAGCUAACAUAGCUCCGUUACUUGAAGUUAAAGCUUUCAACGAUUUAGACGACGAACUAUUGAAGGAACUAUCUGAUUUUUAUUUCGAUCGUAAAAAGGAAAUUCAAUGUAGGGUGAUAACCCCUUAUUCCACAGCCGUUUCUGACGAUUUUAUAACUUCAAUAGCGGGGGAUUACCCUGUAUCUAUGACCGAAGAAGUAGAAAUCACUCAGAAUAAACCGGUUCAUAAAAAAAGGACUCGACAACGUAGACAUUCUGAAAGAAACGUUUCGGUUUCGGAUAAAGAUGUCAGUAAUGACAGUAUUAUACAAUUUCCGGACGAACCUGUAUGUUUAAUAGAAAAUAAUUAUCCCAGUAGAUUGAAAUCGAUCAAUGUCGCUAGUAAGAUUGUAGAAAAAGAGGAAAUUCAUGAAAAUUAUACUAGUCUUAACAAUAUUAGUGAUAGAUCGAGUCUUAGUAUUUCAUUUGAUGAUUCUAUGGAAUUUCCUGAAUUGGGUAGUCCUAAUAUCAUAAAAGGAUCAAUACAAAAAAGCGAAAGUAAAAUUCGUAUAGUGAAAAUGUCGCAGAAGCAGAGAAAAAGAUUGUUUUCCGAAAGCAAAGUGGCAGAUACAACAACUACUACAAUAACUCCAAAAAAUCCUUGGAAGAUACUGCCGGAUAACAACAGUCCAGAAUUAACCUCCGAUACCAAACAAAUAAAUGAUAUAAUUUAUGACGAGAAAAAACAAAAAGAAAAUCUGAUGAAAAUGACAAAUAAACCGUUGAUAUUUACACAGAUGGAAGAUAAAGCGAUAGACGAAUUACAUAAGUUCUACAAUGUAGAAAAUUCAUUUGACGAACUCAUUAGCGUCGAACGUGUACAUUUAGGAGCUGUGGCAUGUCCGGUAUGGGUACCAAGACAGAAAUGAAUCUGUGAUAUUAGAUUUUAAUACCAGACUUUAUGUAAUUGUUAUUUUUUUGUUUUUAUUAAAUUAAUAAAUAAAUUAUAAAACAAAAAAA